AUGGGUAAAGCAGGAAAGGGAACAGGAUCAUUCGGAAAGCGAAAUGGAAAGAGCCACUUCCUUUGCAUAAGGUGUGGGAAAAGGAGUUAUCAUUUGCAAAAGAAAAAAUGCGCUUCAUGUGGAUACCCAAGUGCCAAGAAGAGAAGAUUCAACUGGUCCAUAAAAGCCAAAAGAAGAAACACUAUUGGAACGGGCCGAUGUAGAUAUAUUAAAACUUUGAGAAGAAAAUUGAAAAAUAAAUUCACCGAGGGAAGUACCCCCAAACCGAAGCAAAGAUGA